AGUCUGAGAGGACCGUGCGAAGGUUGUUGGAGUAGGACUGGAGGGAGACGCGUAAAGACGCUCUUCGCACCGAAGGGAACUGCGCGUCGAUGGAUUUUAUGACAUUCCGCAUCGGACAACUAUCCUCUGGUCCGGUUUCAGUCUCCUUCCACGUCCGUAACGCCUGCAGACUUUUUGUUUAGUUGACAAGUGUGCUGCCCGGGAGCUCCGGGCAUGUUUUGCGCUCUGGAAGGAACUUGGUGACGGGGAGGAAAGUUUCGGUGAGGGGGGAAAGCGACAUGGUUUUUGUGCGCUGUUUUCGAAGGAUAAUUUGCGUAAACUCGGAUUUCCUUGCAUGGCAUUGGACUACGGCUGUAAAUCUGGUUUGGGAUAUAUCUGAUCAGAAUCGAAGCCGGCUGAUUGUGGAAUAGUAAACUGAGAAAAGGCAGCGCCUCGAUUUUUUUUUUUUUCUUUUUUGCUGCAUUGUGGUGUUGGAAACAUUCCUCUCUCUGGAUUCAUCUCAUGCCCCCUCUUCUCUUAUCCGUGCAUGUCAAAACAGAGAUCUCCAGGAUUUUAGUCCUCUCUGUCCAGGUUACUUGGUGAUUUCCAGAGAGUGACAGGCUGACCCCCACCACAGCAGUUGAUGGUUGGGCGGACCCCCUCAGAUGGGAUCAGUGUCCAGGGGGAGGUGGUGGAGAAGGGGGGCAUGGCGAGCCCUGUCCCCCUCUGACGGAAUGGCCUUGUGGGUCUGGCUGCUGGCUGCCGUCUUGCUGUCUCUCCUGACCGCCAGCGCUGCACGGCCGCCCCUCACCGCCACCAGGGAGGAGACCAACGUGGAAGCUGAAGAGGCAACGAACAAAAACCAAAUUUUUAAGCCCACGGUGUGCUCAGUGCAUCCGGGCGAGGUGCUGAAGCUGAAUUGUCCUCUGCCUGCGACGGGGACCAUUACUUGGACCAAAGAUGGCAGCUUUCUGGGCACCAACAACCGCACGCUGAUUGAACAUGAGGUGCUGCAGAUCCGUGAUGCCGUGCCCAAGGACUCAGGCCUGUAUGCCUGCACCAGCAUGGGCAAAGACACGGUCUGCUUCAUAGUCAAUGUCACAGAUGCAACCUGGUCGGGUGACGAUGAGGACGAUACAGACCGGUCAGAGGACACUUGGGCAGAUGGCAUGCAGAUAAGCGCUCCAUACUGGACUUCAUCAGCAAAGAUGGAGAAGAAACUGCACGCAGUGCCAGCUGCCAACACAGUGAAGUUCCGCUGUUUUGCAGGAGGCUACCCCCGGCCAGCGCUGCGUUGGCUUAAAAACGGCAGGCCUUUCCGGCAAGAGGACCGCCUGGGAGGAUAUAAGGUGCGCCUCCAGCACUGGACUCUGAUCAUGGAGAACGUCUUACCGUUGGACAAGGGAAACUACACCUGUUUGGCGGAGAACAUGUAUGGAUCCAUCAACCACACCUACACUCUGGAUGUAGUGGAACGGUCACCUCAUCGGCCAAUUCUCCUGGCCAGUCUCCCUGCCAACACCACAGUACGCAUUGGAGAGGAUGCUCAGUUCCAAUGCAAGGUCUACAGCGAUGCCCAGCCUCACAUCCAGUGGGAGAAACACAUCACCCUAAAUGGUAGUCAGUAUGGGCCCGAUGGAGACCCCUACGUCAAAGUGUUAAAGAGCUCAGAAAUUCUCACUGACAUGGAAUUUCUCACCAUCACCAACGUCACAGAGGAAGACGCAGGGGAAUAUAUCUGCAAAGCCUCCAAUUAUAUAGGAGAAGUCAGCCAGUCGGCCUGGCUGACGGUCAUCCCAGAUCCUUCAAACAAAUGCCAGAUUUCUAAGCCCACAGUCUCCUCGGUGCAUCCCGGUGAGGUGCUGAAGAUAAUUUGUCCUCUGCCAGCGACUGGAACCAUCACUUGGACCAAAGAUGGCAGCUCUCUGCGGACCACCAACCGCACGCUGUUUGAACAUGAGGUGCUUCAGAUCCGUGAUGCCACGCCUAAGGACUCGGGCCUGUACGCCUGUACCAGCGAGGGCAAAGACACGUUCUGCUUCUUAGUCAAUAUCACAGGCGCUCCAUACUGGACUUCAUCAGCAAAGAUGGAGAAGAAACUGCACGCAGUGCCAGCUGCCAACACAGUGAAGUUCCGCUGUUCUGCAGGAGGCUUUCCCCAGCCAGUGCUGCGUUGGCUUAAAAACGGCAGGCCUUUUCGGCAAGAGGACCGCAUGGGAGGAUAUAAGGUACGCCUCCAGCACUGGACCCUGAUCAUGGAGAGCGUGGUACCAUCGGACAAGGGAAACUAUACCUGUUUGGUGGAGAACCGGUUUGGAUCCAUCAACCACACCUACACUCUGGAUGUAGUGGAACGGUCUCCCCAUCGGCCGAUUCUCCAGGCUGGGCAACCCGCCAACACCACAGUACGCGUUGGAGAGGACGCUCAGUUCCAAUGCAAGGUCUACAGCGAUGCCCAGCCUCACAUCCAGUGGCUGAAACACAUCACCCGGAAUGGUAGUCGGUAUGGGCCCGAUGGACACCCCUACGUCAAAGUGUUAAAGACCGCAGGUGUUAACACCACAGAUAAGGAGAUAGAGGUUCUCUACUUGCCCAAUGUAACAUUUGAGGAUGCUGGGGAAUAUACAUGCUUGGCGGGUAAUUCUAUUGGGAUCUCCUAUCAAACUGCUACUUUGACGGUGCUUCCAGUCCUAGAGAAAUCCCCAGGGCCCAUUUCCCCGGAUUAUGUGGAGAUCGCAAUAUAUUGUGCAGGCGUGUUCCUCAUUGCCUGCAUGGUGGGCAUUGUGGUGGUGUGCCGCAUGAGGAACACUGCAAAGAAGCCUGAUUUUGGCAGCCCACCACCGGUCCACAAGCUGACCAAACAGAUCCCUCUGCGCCGCCAGGUAACAGUGUCGGCAGAUUCAAGCUCAUCCAUGAACUCUAGCACCCCUCUGGUGCGCAUCACCAUGCGGCGGAGCUCUGCACACGACGAGCCAAUUCCUGAAUACGACCUUCCAAAGGAUCCACUGUGGGAAUUUGCCCGAGAUAGGUUGACCCUUGGGAAACCUCUGGGUGAGGGCUGCUUCGGCCAAGUCGUGAUGGCCGAAGCUCUGGGGAUCGAUAAGGACAAACCCAAGGAUGCUGUCACUGUUGCAGUCAAGAUGCUAAAAGAUGAUGCGACAGAGAAGGACCUAUCUGACCUGGUGUCAGAGAUGGAAAUGAUGAAGAUGAUCGGCAAACACAAGAACAUCAUUAACCUUUUGGGAGCCUGCACGCAAGAUGGUCCCCUAUAUGUGAUAGUAGAGUAUGCCUCCAAAGGCAACCUUAGAGAGUACCUCAGAGCCCGCCGUCCUCCUGGCAUGGAAUAUUCCUACGACAUCACCCGUGUCUCAGAUGAACAGCUCACUUUCAAAGAUCUGGUCUCCUGCACUUAUCAGGUGGCACGGGGCAUGGAGUACCUAGCAUCUCAAAAGUGUAUACACAGAGACCUGGCAGCCAGGAAUGUCCUGGUCACAGAGAGUAACGUCAUGAAGAUCGCUGACUUUGGCCUGGCCAGGGACGUCCACAACAUUGACUACUAUAAAAAGACAACCAAUGGUCGUCUCCCCGUUAAAUGGAUGGCUCCAGAGGCGCUCUUCGAUCGGGUCUACACACACCAGAGUGAUGUCUGGUCAUUUGGGGUGCUGAUGUGGGAGAUCUUCACCCUAGGGGGCUCACCCUACCCUGGCAUUCCUGUAGAAGAACUCUUCAAGCUGCUCAAAGAAGGACAUCGCAUGGACAAGCCUGGAAACUGCACCAAUGAGCUCUACAUGAUGAUGAAAGACUGCUGGCACGCCAUCCCAUCACAGAGACCAACCUUUAAGCAGCUAGUAGAGGACCUGGAUCGAAUCCUCACCCUGAACACUAAUGAGGAAUAUCUGGACCUGUGUGCUCCUACGGAGCAGUAUUCCCCCAGCUUUCCCGACACACGCAGCUCCUGCUCCUCUGGUGAUGACUCUGUAUUUUCCCACGACCCCUUGCCGGAUGAGCCCUGUCUCCCCAAGUACCAGCACAUCAACGGGAAUGUCAAGAGAUGAGCCCCUACCGGCUCAGACCCUCUGAGCCAGCGUUUGGCCUGCCCCAACCUCAAAGUGGCUAAACAGACGUUGCACAGACACCUUUCCUGAAACGGACCCAAACGAGGACUCGCACUGCCGCUCACCAACGCAGAACACUAGAGGUCUUAAAGAAGAGGACAGAGCACGUUAUGGGGGCUCCUUCAUACUGACUGAAUGAACUGACAUUCCCCAAGGCCUCCUCUGCCUCUCUCGUGUAAACACUCAGCUUUUUCUCAUCUUUUGGUUCUCAUCUUCCUACCCACAAGCUCCACAGCACUACUUGUUUGGUGAUCCAGUAGCAGUGGCUGGCAUUCCAACACAUUGUUUACUCCUGGAGGAAUGUAUGAACUGAUAUGACUAAAAAAUAAACAAAGGAAGAGGACCACAUGAAACUAGAAGAUGAUUAGGAAAACAGACUUACAGAUGGAGCUCCGACUAACAAAACAGGAAUAUGAGGAGACCAGAUAUAAAAACUUCUCUUGUUUAUUUUGUAAUAUUUGUGCAUCUCUUUUUCAGUUCUCUCGAUAAACCUCCCUGAUUUUUCUGGAGAAAGAAUCCACAGUGUAAUGUAAAGUGCUGGCUAUAUUUGUAAAUAUAUUCAAAUAUGUAUAAAAAUAUAUUAUAUAUUUACUAUUAAUUAUUUUUUGUAUGGACUUUGAAACAACCCCCACCUCCACACCCUGCUCCCAUUUUCGAGGCAGGCUAUGCUGACAGAUGUCCUAUAUUUCUCCUUACACACACUCUGUUAAACACACACACAAAUACUUUCUCCAUAUCAUAGUUGAGUAUUGGCUUUCAGGGACUGCGGUAGUAUGUUAAUUUAUUGAGUUUCGUAUUUUUAAAAAAUGAAUCGAAAAACAAUAAAAAAAACAGGAAAUGAUUGCAUUAAUGCUGAUGAUAUGGAAUAAUCCGUUAAAUUUAUGGUAAUUUAAAAAUAAUCCUUCAGCAGUUAACAGAAAGUUUCUAUUUUUAGAUGUUUGGAGAAAUCCAGAUUUUGUACGUUUUAUACAUGAAUGUGAAUAUUAAGUUAAAAAAAAUUUAAACUGUACAUUUUAUAGUCAUCUAAUCCUUCUCUUAUUUACAUAUUGAUGCCAUUUCUAUCCAGUUUUUUUUAACCACAAUUUAGGAAAUUUAAUUCUUUGGAUAUUUAUAUAUAAGUAAAAUACAUAAUAAUCUGGACAUGUCAACUUGCAAUCUGCUUCCUCAUUUGGAACCAAGAUAAACUGAAAAUUCCCAAGACAGAAUUGAAAUCUGGAAAGCAAAGUAUUAAAUCAAGUUUUUUUUUUUUUUUUGGUUGUUUUUGUUUUCUACUGGACCAACAUUAAGAUGCUGUUUUGCAGGUGUUUAUGCUGCAUUUGCAAAAAAUAAAUGUUGAAAAAACAA